AGCGCGCUCUCGCAGUCUAUUUUGAAGGCAGGCGAUUGGAGCACAGCGCGGGGGUGAGGACGCCCGCCGUCAGCAUACACGUUAUCCUACUCAACCAUAAAACAGUAGUUUCAAGACAUAUCAGGCUUUUUUUGAACGCAAAAACGAGGUGAAUAGCCCGGACGCUCUAGCUCGCUGAAUCGAUUAUUAAUUCUUAAAACGUGUCCGAGUUCGAGACGGGAAGACAUGGCCACGACUACAUGUACGCGCUUCACGGACGAAUAUCAGCUGUACGAGGAGCUGGGCAAGGGAGCGUUUUCAGUGGUGCGACGAUGUGUGAAGUUGAGCACGGGCCAAGAAUACGCCGCCAAAAUUAUCAACACGAAAAAACUCUCCGCCAGAGACCAUCAGAAGCUUGAACGGGAAGCUCGAAUCUGUCGUCUGCUGAAACACUCCAAUAUCGUUCGUCUGCAUGACAGUAUAUCAGAGGAGGGCUUCCACUACCUACUGUUUGAUUUGGUGACUGGAGGUGAACUGUUUGAAGACAUUGUAGCCAGAGAGUACUACAGUGAAGCAGAUGCCAGUCACUGUAUCCAUCAGAUUCUAGACAGUGUCCAUCAUAUUCACCAACAUGACAUAGUGCACAGGGACCUGAAGUCACUGCAUCCAGCAGAUCCUGGAGGCGGUGCUUCACUGCCAUCAAAUGGGCGUGGUGCACAGAGACCUGAAGGUAAGUGACAAUUGUGAU